AUGGUUUCAUGCCUUUGUUCUGAAAAUUGUUUAUCACAUUACGCCUACACACUGAAUGGCCUUGCUCGUCUUAAUAAACCAAGUAAGAUGUAUGUAUGUAUGUUUACCCAAAGUAAAAGACGAUCGUAUUCAGAAUAUAAUAGUGUCUGGCAUUUUAAAGAAAUCCUAAAAUUUUUAAACUCGCCUGAUGCCUCUGAUGAACCUGACAGCAGAACGACGUCUUUAGAUUUUCUACGAAGCUGUAAUUAUACGGUUGAUUCUACAGCCCCCACAAUGCAACCUGAGGAAGACGAGCUAAUGAACAAUUUUGCCUCGGAUAUUGUCAAAUCUGUUGUUAACAAAGUCAAAAAUGAUUACUAUUCUGGUCAUUAUGAAGGCGAUAUGCAUAAUCGAGAAAGACGAGACAGCGAUGAAUUGGAACUCACAUUUCCAGAGAAUGAUGGUCGCCGUCGUUCUGUACGAUUCCACAAUGAUGAACAUAUCAUACCAAAUCUUCUUAGCGGAAGUACUUUAACACCAGGAUCGUCUAAUGCUCUCAAACCAGUAUCGGAACAUGUACUGACUCCAGUUCCAUCACCAAUACCCCCAGAACUACUCCAUAGAGAUUCAAUAACCGAGGAACCUGCUAAAGGUGUUACUUUGGUCGAAACUCUUCUGCUGCGUCUUUUAGAUGACCUCAAUAAUCAAAGACUAUCCAGACCGGACUUGGAGACUCUCACGUCUUACUGUCUACAGGUCUUACGUACGCAUGAUCUCACUUCGAAGAUUGAAGAGUUCCAAGAGCAACACGAACUGAAACGAACUACGUCCUCUGAAGUAGCUUCAGAGCUGGUCCAGUUUACCCUUGAUAAAAUGUUGGAUGACGUUAAAUCUGGUUCUGUGAAUGACAAUGAUUUAACGACUAUUACUUUGGCGUUAGUUCGUCAACGGAACCAAAUCUCUCCAAAUAUGUGCUUAGAGAAUGACAUCCGUGAUCACAUCUUGGAGACCUUAGAAAAAAUUGGAUCCGAAGAAGGAGGUAUUAAAGACUAUGUAACAAAAAGUCUGAACAAAAUCGAUUCCGAAGCACGUCUGGAUUGCUUCGUUGCUGCUGUCCUGUCACAAGCAGUUGCUGAUAUCAAAUCUGGAGUUAUCGACAGCGAAGGUUUAAAAUUGAUUGGUUCAAAUGUAAUAGCUCACAGUCAAAGUCGUCCAGUAGUAGCAUUGUCUGAAUCUGAGAUGAAAUCGAGCGUUGAAGAGGUUCUACAGAAAAUUGAUAUCACCGACUUGAAAGAAAACAACACUAUUUAUGCCAUCAUCUCUUCAUACUAUACUGUGAACCAGCAGAACAGAGAAAUUGUGAAAGACUUUGUCGUUGAAGUGUUUCCCAAAAUCUGUGCAACGAUGAAAGCACCAGAUAGUGACAGGAUAAAAAAAAAUAUCAAAGAAUUUAGAAAGGAAUUGAAAGGGGAAAGUGUGAGCGAUAUGGAUAUCAACAAGUUGGGUCUUCAAAUUAUGUACGUUGGUAAGAAGUGUUUACCCCCGACCAUACAAGAAACUUGCAAAGGUUACAAAGAACUUAUUAAAAACGUCAAGCAAGUUUUGGAUAGGAAUGAGUUUAAGAAGGAAGUUGACAGAGUGCUGUGUGAAUACUUUAUACGAGAUAAGAUGCAAAGAAGUGGAGAAUCGCCUGGUUACUCGACUAUUUAUAACCCAAGCCCCGAGUCUAAAGUUGCCAUCAAUGUCGUGCUCGGUACUAUGGAUAGAAUCAUACGAGAUGUAUACACGCAUCACAUUCCACCGGAACUCUUGACCGCUCUCGCUAGUGAAAUAUAUGCGCUUGCUCAAAAGUAUGAUUCUAUCUUUGACCCUUCUGAAGAACCCAGUAUAAAACCAGGAAUGCCCGUGUUAAACAGGAUAUAUGAAAAAUUUAGAGAGAACCAGAUAGGCUUUAAGGAUGCAAAAUGGAUGUUCGCAACGAUUUUCCAUACCUACUGCGAUCCGGAUUCUGUAAUAGUCUCGACUGAAUUUAAGGACAUCUGUCCAAAUGAUCGCGCUUUGAUUGGAAAUUUAGUUGAUGAAACCAUAAACAAAAUAGUUCAAACAGUUGCCAUGGAAAUUAAAGAAGAACUUGACGGUGACAAUAUUUCUGUAGUUGAAAUUGAAGAUUUAGUGCGCGAGGAGCUUCAUGGUCUCAAUGAAGGUCGUGAACGACCAGCAGAGCUAAGUCAUGUUGAAGGCGAUCUUGAAAAUAUCCUGCAAGGAUGCCUGAGUAAAGCUGCCAGGGACAUUGCCAGACACGUUGAAGGUGUUGAAUCCGAUAUUUCGGUCGAAAGUAGAACAAAGUUGAGUGAUAUGAGUUUCAUGGGAAAAGUUGUUGAUUUUAUUUCGUCUGCUCUCGAUCAUUUGACCCAAAAUAUUAAAUCUGGGGACAUCAAAAGCUCAACGGUUUUGGAAUUCCUCAAUCGAGUUUCAGGUAGUGACGUGAAGCAAUUAGCGCCCAUACAGCAUCAGGAACUGUUAGAAGAAAUUCGGUUAAACAUAGAACGAAAGCGUGAAGAAUCUGAGUACUUUUCAAAUCUUGCUUCUUUGUUUUCGGAAAUCACCCUGGAUCCAAAAUCCACAACUUCUGGAUUGAGGGCCAUUUCUAAAAUCUUAUCAUCAAUAGAUAGCGAAGUAUUGAUGGAGUUCGUCCAAGCAGCAAUGCUUUGUGUUUUAAGUUACAUUCAAAGCGAUCGGUCGGCUUCUAAAGAUGUACCAAUUACCAAUGAAACCAGUUUUCACAGGAUAGAGUCCUUACUUUUAGUCAGGAAAGUUUUGAAUUAUGUUGUUGAUAAUGUGUCCCAUAUCGUCAAAGCCAAUGACGCUAAAAAAUCGGGAAGUAAAAGUAUUUUCAAACGGUUUUCUUCUAAGAAACUGGAUAAUAAAGAUUCACGUAGUCUUUAUGAAUGUAUCAUUAGUGCUUUCGAAGAUGCAAAUGAUAAUCUUUCUCAGGAACGUUCAAAUAUCCUAACACCAAAUGUUCUUGCCACAACAGACGAGAAAGUUCUAGAGCAUAUUUUAGAUGUAACAGACUUAAUUCAAAGGAGAUGUGAUGGCAAAGAACCAAAGACCGUAAUGUCAGAUGAAUUUGAAAUCAUAUGUGAAAUGAUGAUCAAUAGUAUCAACGAUAUGGAAAGGAGUUUAGAGCGUCCAAAAGACCUGAUAUUAGCGUUUGGAAGUUCAAUGAUUGAAUUUGAUGAGGAAAAUAUUCAGCACUAUGUACUUGGGGCUAUAAAGGAUGCACUGUUUUACUUUAAUCCCAAUAUGGCACAUUCGGUUGCAUCUAAUUCGUCGCGGGAUACAGUAUUACUCCGAGAGACAAGCGGCACAUCAAAUGCAUCCGACAGCACACGUGGUACAACAGCGUCAGUGAGUAAGGUACCAUCCCAAGCCAUCGAAAUCAUGGUCAAGAGUGUUUUAUCAUCGGUUGUAGCUGAUCAAAAGAGUCAACUAGAGGUACCAGAAAGUGGGAUUAGGAAACCAUCCCUUACUGAUGCUGAAGGAAAGACUUCAAAAACAGACUAUGAAAAGGACCCUUCAAUUACUACACUUAAACCGAUACUGGGCUCUCAUCCUCUGGAUAUUGGUGAAGAUGAUAUUUCCUCGGCAUUAUCCUAUAUCACGAUGAAGCCACGAGCUACACACCAUAAUCCUCCAGAGCACGAAGCAAGGCAAUCAUACCGUUCACUGGUUUGCCCUGAUGUGCAUAAUUACAGCCAGACGAAACAUGCAAUAACUGAAAUGAUCGGGUCCGAGAGAGCCGGAAGUGGGGCGGUAGUGACGCUGAUGGAAGAGUCAGAAAGUGAGGAUUCAAGUGAUUCGAGCUAUUCUGCAGAGUCUUGCAGAGUUCUGGAAAUCACUGGACAUGAUGGGUUAAGUUCUACGGAGGUCGUCUUUGAUGGAAAUGGGGAAAAUCUAAAUUCAUCAGAAAACAAAACCAAAUCUUCAACUGAGGUAAUGUCCAAAGCAUCUAAUCAAUCAAUCAAAACGUCUUCGAAUCCUGUUCCUAAGUCAAAUUUAUCUUUACGCAGAGGAGCAUCUUUGGAAUCGGAAUCAAAUCGAAGCAGAGAAUCGGUUAAGAAACAGUCAAGCCUUGGCGUCAGCCCAUCAGCUACAUUAAAACAGUCAACAAGUACAAAAAAGCCUGAGACUCAGACACUUGCCAAGUCAUCAAGUAUCGCGUCCAACAAACAUAAAUCAUCCGACAUCGUAGCACAGCACAGAGAUUCUAAAACGUGCAAUGUUGCAUUAAAAUCGUCAAAGGAAGCAACCUCUAAAUCCAGUAGUUCCUCUCUAAAGAGUAAGAACUCGAUAUCCGCAUCUGUUGAUCAGUCCAAGAAUAACAAUGGACCCAGUAUUGUAGGAGCGAGUAGUAAACAACUGACUGAGACCCACCCACCAGUAAAUGACUCAACUUCUGUGGAAUCACAGAGAUCCAGCCAAAAUGAUGUCAUGGCAAUAGCAUCUCUAUGUGGAUCACACAAGUCGUCUAUAGUUGUUCGAGAAACUGAUGAAAGUAUGAAAGAGCAGAUUUAA